AUGCGUGCACAAGGGGCCCUCUGCUUCGUCGUGAUGCUCGUGGGAAUCUCGGGCAUUGCCGCCGCGCGCCACCUCCUCACAGAGGCCGGCUCCGACCCCUCCCCCUUCAUGACCCUGGACUCCAUCAUGUGCACCUCCACCAGCCCCACCGAGGUGGUCUGCGAGGGGGUGGUCACCACCGCUGCCAUGGUCCCCAGAGUCACCCUGGUUCUGCGCCUGGGCCGCAACCUCCGCUUCCUGGAUGUGCUGCCCCAUGACAACCGGGUCGCCUUCCGGGGCAGCGUGGACUCUCCCACCGCCGUCGGGUCCGCCUACGCCACCGCCCACAACCAGCAGGGCGACCUGGUGGAGUCCAACGUCCUGGCAAUCGCCAGCCUCACCCUGGUGGAGAGCGUCCCGAGAAUGACCCUGGUCUACAACCUGAACGGCGAAAAGUAUUUUGCCGACUGCACCUCCAGCAGCCUGGAGGUGACCUGCACCAACACCCUCAGGUCUGCGGUUGCCACCGGCACGUGCCAAGCCUCGGGCGACACUGCCACUCAACGCUUCUUCCAGUCCCGGAUUGUGGACAUCGCCCCUUUCCCGGCACAGCCACCGGCGGCGUGA